AUGUCAGGCUCUUUCUUGAAUACUGAGAGUAAUGGAAAUGUGACCAAAACUGGUAGCUUAAGUGUAUCUCUGUCUAGACCAGAUGGUCAGCUGGAUUACAAGUCUAACUUGAUUUCACUAAGAGCAACGACCCAUGACGAGGAAGUGUUCAGUUUCCACAGCGACAACUCUCCAUGCCAGGGCUUUGAAGAUGUCUUAUCAUGUUACAGAAGAAUCACACCUAACUUGCUUUUAUCAGGGCCAACGUCUCAUGUACCGCUCAUCGAUGCUGAAGUAGACAUUGUUGAAAAAAACAACCGACAGUUUCGUGUUCUGGUGAUUGUCGCUGAUGGACAGGUAACGAGAGGUUUUAAUACGUCUGAUGGAGACCUCAGUAAACAAGAGAGAACAACUAUCAACGCCAUUGUUAACGCUAGGUGA